CUCGGGUUGCUGUCUGUGUGGAGUUUCACAUGAUCACCCGUGACUGUGGGGCUUUCCUCCAGGUUCUCCGGUUUCCUCCCACCUUCCCAAAACAGCCCGCAGGUGUGUGUGUGUGUGUGUGUGAGUGAAUGGUGUGCUGGGAUGCCAUCCAGGGUGUGUUCCCGGGACAGACUCCAGACCCUGACCAGGAUAAAGUGCUUACUGAAACUGAGUGAAUGAGUAACUACACACAGAAUUGGGCUAUUGACUAUCCAUCAAAACUGAAUAAUAAUAAAAUAAUACAUUUAUUCAGAUAUUUAAAAACAUAUUUGAUUAAAUAAAUCAUAUACCUAAGUUAUAUACAUUUACAAGUUGAUAUAAUUAAUACAAUUACUCUGUGUGUUUGUGUGGUUUCCAAAUGGUGAAUAAUAAAACGAAAAUUAGCACUUGAAUUUAGAAAAUGCCAUUUAAAAAACAUAGACAGACACACUUUAGGCUACAACCAUUUAAUAAUCACUAAAUGUAUUAAUUUAUUACACAGUUUUUAUCAAAUAAAUCAUAAAUCUAGGUCAUGCACAGCCACAGGCGUCGUACAUUAAAAUUGAGAGUACACAAGAGCUAUCUAUUGUUGGGUGUCGCGGAGCGUUUGCGUCAUCGCUUAUUGUCGCAGGAUUUUCGCGUCAUAUAAACACAGCGGCUAAUAUGGCGGUCGUUAAUAAUGAAUUAAUGAAAACAGCUCCGGUGGACAUAUAAAGCCACUCGAACAAACCUGUACCUUAAGUGCUGAAGCGGAAGCUGAUGAAGCACGAUGCCUCAGAAGAUCCUGAAGAGUGCUCAUUACAUAGAGCUGGGCAGCUAUCAGUACUGGCCCGUUCUGGUGCCCAGAGGGAUCCGACUCUACACUUAUGAACAGAUCCCCGUGUUCCUGAAGGAGAACCCGUACAUCACAGACGGGUAUCGAGCACAUCUGCCUUCUCGGUUAUGCCUGAAAAGCAUAUUCAUUCUGUCCAACGAGACGGUGAACAUCUGGAGCCAUCUGCUGGGCUUCGUGCUGUUCUUCAUGCUGGGGGUCAAUGACAUGUCCACAGUGUUACCGGCUGUAGGAGCCUCCAGAGAGGACUACGUCAUCUACUCCAUAGGGCUGUUCUGCUUUCAGGUGUGUAUGCUGUGCUCAGUCGGCUAUCACCUUUUCUGCUGCCAUCGCUCGGAGAAGACGAGCCGCCGCUGGCUGGCCCUGGACUACGCCGGGAUCUCGGUGGGAAUUCUGGGAUGCUACGUCCCGGGAGUGUUCUACGCCUUCUACUGCGACAGUUUCUGGAGGCAGGUGUACCUGAUCACAGUUCUGGCUCUGAUCCUGGCCGUGUUUUCGGCUCAGAUCCACCCGCUGUACCACACUCAGGAGUGGAAGACGCUGCGCUCGACCAUUUUCUGCUCCGUGGCGGCGUACGGCAUCAUCCCCGCCUGCCACUGGGUUUGGCUCAACGGAGGUUUCCACUCUGAGAUCGUGCAGGUGUUUUUUCCACGAGUCAUGGUCAUGUAUCUGAUCGCUGCCUCAGCCUUCCUGUUCUACAUCAGUAAAGUCCCCGAGCGCUACUUCCCAGGGCAGCUGAACUACCUCGGUGCCAGUCACCAGCUGUGGCACGUUCUGGUGGUGCUGAUGUUCUACUGGUGGCACCAGACCGCCGUCUACAUCACACGCUACAGACACAGCGAGCCAUGUCCGAGGUACAACUAGUUCCGCUCUCACUGUAGACUUCAGCACCUCUCCUGCUGUUUAUACUCUAGCACGAGGAUGCAAAACGAUGUCCUAGCUCAUCUGUAACAUGCUAUAACGUGUGCCUGGAGAAGGAUCCGGAAACAUGGAAUAAAAAAAAAAAACUGGAUUUUUAGAUAUUUUCCUCUUUAGCUCAAAGACGAAAUGUACUCAAUCAGCUGGGACGUGUUUUCUGUUUGAUAUUUCCUUCUUUUAUUUUUGUACCAGAGCUACAAGACUAAUGUUGCUAACAAUAAGAAAGGGUUAUAGCCUCCAGUUUAGCAUGCGGCACUUAAUCGGCUCCUCAAACAGACUCAGGUAGGGGGCGUGGCCUAAAGAUUGAAGGUGAUGUGAUUCGGAUCAUCGUAACCUUCACAUUUAAUGAUCUGUGGGGUUUUUUUUAAUGCUAAACUGGUAGCUAUGUGUUAGCUACAUUACCCUUGCACUCAAGUACAAAACUACAGAAACAAACUUUCGACAUCUUGGUUUGAUCGGUGCCAUUUUGGAUAAUGUGGAAAAUGUAAUUUUUUUUGGUUAAAUUGUUUCUAAACGAAUCAAAAACCUACUGAAAGGUCAGUAUUGUUGGAUCUGCAUAAUCAGAAUCGAACAUUUUGAGCAUUAAGGAUUUGAUUGUUAAAGUAAACAAGCCAGUGUACUGUAUGUGUUUCGUAAAUCUGCCUGGAAAACUUGUAACCUGACAUGAAUGUGAAAUGUUCAAUCCUUUUUUUUUUUUUUUUUUUUUUUUUUUAAAAGCGCAUUCAAAUUUUAUAUAGCCAUCAUACACUUCCAUUAUAAUAGCAUCAGUGUUAUUUUACAUCGUCGGUCCGUCGUUAAUCUAAAACACACUCUAAAGCUAAGAAUAAACCCGGACUGGUGUUUAAUCCGACAUUUGAUACGACAUUUGAUACACAACCCGGAAACUGCAUCAACUGAAUUUCAACACAACGUAGUGCACUAUUAAAGGUGCAAUAAGUGAUUUUUAAGUUUUGUAAUAUUUGCCAAAGAUCAAAGAUCAUUGUCUAGGGGAGAAACUCUGAUCUCUGUGAUGCUUCUUGAUGAGGACCAACAACAUUUGACCAAUCAGAACAAAGAGGCGUCUUCGUACAAUGACAAAUUUAGAUUUAUUAAAUAACAACACGUCACACUCUUUUUAUCCGUUUAUAGUUAGAGGUUAUAGUUUAAUGUUGUGGAACGUCCGUGAAACGAUUUGAUUCCUGUUAAUAAAAAAGAAAAAAACACACCGCGUCAUGUUACCGAGAAAAUGCAAAGUGGAAACUCCACUGUCCUGAAAACGUCGGAAAAUUUUUACAGUUUUACGACUUUUACAAAGCACUGACACUGGAGGCUCCUUCCAUAAAUGUUAAAUUAAACAUUGAUUCUCCUUACAGAAAACUUCACCAUAUCAAAAAAAUCAAAAAAAUGUUGUUACGCGGCGCGCCUUGUGGAUGAGCUGUUACUAUAGAAACCAUAAUGUAUUAGAACAAUAUAAACAUGUGAUUUAUAGAAAACUAAUCAACACCUUCUGACCAAUCAGAACACGAUUUGAGACAUAAAGUUCAGGAGAUAGAGCAAUGCAUUUAUGACAUUUUGUUGGUAUUGUUUCAAUGACUUUUUUUUUUUUUCGCGAGUACCUCAUUGUCCCGUAUUUGCCUUCGAACACACCACAUUGUCUUUCGCUGUGAAUAUUUCAAAAAGUGCAUGAAUGUGAGUUUAUGUAAACUUUCUUUUCCACUGAGCCUUUCACACAAAGCACUGAGUUUGUGUCUGGGUGCUGUAUGUAGGUUUUGACUUACAGAUGUAUUUAUAAAUAAUUGUUUUGGAUUGUAUUGUAUUGUAACUGCUGUAUAUUGGGUAUUAUGUUCCAUCAUUAUUCUUUAAGAGAUAAUGGGAACAGUGUGCACUUGAACAAAUCCUCGGUAAAGGGGCAAAUACUUUUAAACAGUCCUUGAUUUACCCUUUGAAUGUGACCGUGGGCAUUUAGCAUGGUGUAAAUAUUCGAACCAUGGCAACCAAACCUGUACUAACGUCGCAGUCUCUUCACUGCUGCCUUUUUCUAAGAACGAUUUUGCUUCUGGCCUUACUUCCUGUUUCUGAUGUUUUUAGCAUUUUGAGAUGAUGAACUAUAAAAUAUCUGAAUGCUGAAACUGAAUUAAAAUACUUUCUGCACAUGGA